GGUGCGGUAGUGUACUAAAACUCUCCAAUCUCACGGAGUCGCCAUGGGAAGGGUCAUUCGUGCUCAGCGUAAGGGAGCGGGGUCCGUCUUCAGGUCCCAUACACAUCAUCGGAAGGGCCCAGCCAGGUUCCGAAGUCUCGAUUUCGGGGAACGAAAUGGUUAUUUGAAAGGAGUCGUCACUGAGAUCGUUCACGACCCAGGCCGUGGAGCGCCGCUUGCUCGAGUUUCCUUCCGCCAUCCUUUCAGAUACAAGAAACAGAAUGAACUGUUUGUUGCAGCUGAAGGUAUGUACACUGGCCAAUUUGUUUACUGCGGGAAGAAGGCAAAUCUUGUGGUCGGAAAUGUCCUGCCGAUAAGAUCGAUCCCUGAAGGUGCUGUUGUCUGCAACGUUGAACACCAUGUCGGUGACCGUGGUGUUUUUGCCAGGUGCUCGGGAGAUUACGCAAUUGUUAUCAGUCACAAUCCUGAUAACGACACUUCCAGGAUCAAGCUUCCAUCUGGAUCAAAGAAAAUAGUUCCAAGUGGGUGCCGAGCCAUGGUCGGGCAGGUUGCAGGUGGAGGUAGGACUGAGAAGCCCCUUCUUAAGGCUGGUAGUGCAUACCACAAAUUCAGAGUGAAGAGGAACAGCUGGCCUAAGGUUCGUGGUGUUGCAAUGAACCCGGUUGAGCAUCCUCACGGAGGAGGUAACCACCAACACAUUGGACAUGCCAGCACUGUCAGGCGGGAUGCACCGCCUGGUCAGAAGGUCGGUCUCAUUGCUGCAAGAAGAACUGGUAGGCUCAGAGGACAAGCUGCAGCCACUGCCGCUAAAUCUGAUUAGGGAACCAACUUCGACAUUACAAUAAUUUAGGUUGUCAAUUCGUUUCUAGGCCAUUUCAUUUUUCUUCCCUCCAUCGGAAGAAUUAUUUAUUUAUUUAUUUAUUUAAAAGCUCUGAACGCUUUAUUAUUUACUUUUUAAAAAUGCCACCUCGGUAAUCUAAUAAAUGUUUUAUUUGAGGCGGAUUGAGGGAGACAUUAUUUUUGCUAAAAAUAUAUUCGAAAUAUUUAUAGCAACUUAAAAAUGGGCCUGGGCUUUAAUAUUCUAGCGGGCUGCGGGCCGUAAGGCCCAUGCUGCUCAACUUUCGAGCCCAUGAAUGCUAAAAUGAAGAUUCAAGUGCUCGAACUGCUCUGCCCGCAUGUGUUGCAGACAGUAAUGGCGCUUUUGCAGACCACAAUUUGCGUUCGCAUUUUCACAAUCCUCUUCUUCCUCGUCUUUCUCCUGUCUGGGAAAUCUUGUUGUAUCAGAACCCUGAAUCGGAUUGCGGACUCUAACAAGAUUCCGUCAAGCCAUCACUCCUUGAAAACGGCAGUCUUCGCUUUGGGAUGUUUCUGGAGAUCGGAAGCCGUCUUUGGUUGCUUGGAUGGAGUCGUCCGGACCACCGUCGGCUACGCCGGUGGUACUAAACUGAAUCCUGAGUAUCGUAGCUUGGGGGAUCAUGCCGAGUCUGUCCGGGUCGAAUAUGAUCCCAAGCUUACUAGUUUCAGGCAACUCUUAGAGGUUUUUUGGUCCAGUCAUGAUUCUAGGCAAGUGUUUGGACAGGGUCCGGAUGUGGGCAACCAGUAUAGAUCUAUCAUUUUUACUAAUGGCACCGAAGAAUCUAGACUGGCUGCUGUCAGCAAA